AUGAUCUUACCAGUGAAACUUCUUCAGCCUCUCCAUCAAUCUCUCUCUUCCUCCAUUCCUUUUCCAUCAGGAAGAAGGCAAUCCAAACCGUUCCGGUGCUCGUUACCGUCUCUCGGCGACGAAAUGGUCAUCAGUUCAGAGAUUGUCGUUUCUCCGGCGCCUGUGAGCUACGAAGGAAGAAGGGCUUUACUUGGAUAUCUCCUCUCCGUCGGUACUGGAAUUCUGUUAACUGAUUCAGCUGAAGCCGUAAGCACCAGCAGAAGAGCUCUACGAGCAUCUAAGAUACCAGACAGCGAAUUCACGACUCUCCCCAAUGGUCUCAAGUACUAUGAUAUAAAAGUUGGGAAUGGAGCAGAGGCUGUGAAAGGAUCUCGGGUCGCAGUUCACUACGUUGCAAAAUGGAAAGGGAUUACGUUCAUGACAAGUCGUCAAGGACUUGGCGUUGGAGGUGGAACGCCUUAUGGGUUUGAUGUUGGGCAGUCAGAGAAAGGGAAUGUUUUGAAAGGACUUGAUCUUGGCGUAGAGAUUCCUCCAAAUGCAACAAUUGAGCUUGACAUUGAGCUGUUAUCAAUCAAACAGAGUCCUUUCGGGACGGCAGUCAAAAUCGUUGAAGGCUAA